CUUGUUUGAUUUCCGGUAGACUCGACGUAGAACCAAUACGAGUUCUUGAAUACUCGAGUAAUCAUUACAGCAGUGGAUGAUCCUCGAUGAUGGAUUGAUGAUGAUUUCUUCAUGCUGAUACACUCUUGGCUCUGAAAUCUCUACAGGGAUGGGAACAUAUAAUGUAGAGACCAAUACAGAAGUUAACAGCCAAAAGGGGGAUGGGGGAGCAGAGAACCAUGGAGUUAACAGUUUCAUGGCUUGGAAGAAUCCGAUACGAGGGGCAUCGAAUACUGCUUCAAGUCCUAGUGAAGCAGGAACAAAGGAAGUAAACUUAGUUCAUGAUACGAGUGAGACCUUUCCUGCAGCUGAUGCGCCGGAGCUGGUUGUUUUUAUUCAAGAGAGUGAUUAUCAGUCAAUCAAAGAUAUCUUCAUUGACAGGGGAGUUCCUUCAUGGAGUCGAUUGAAGUAUAGUGAAAAACCUGGAAAAUCUCUAGGGAUAAUGUCCUCUCUUUCCAAUGAGAUUGAACAGGAUUUUCAGAAAUAUGUAAGGAAAAGACAUGCUCUCGAGGACUUAUUGAAGGAUGGCGAAGAAGAUUCCGAUGAAAGAGAUGAUCACUUGCAUGAUAAGUCCAUCAUAAAUAUGGCAUCCAGGACGCGGCACGUGAAAGAGUUCCAAAUAGGAGAUUCAGUUACAUUGAAGCCAAUGGAACCAUCUGUGACUAAAACAACUGACGACCGAGGAGUGGAAGCCGAGAGUAGAAACACCUUUCACCUUUCUGAUCCAUCUUUAAAUCCCACGAGUAGCCUUGAGGAAUUUAUGCAAGGUUCAAGAUGUCAACAGCCUCAUAAAACUGAGGGCUUAUCAAGGACCGAGGAUAGGAUGUCAAGAAGCCUAACAAAUUCUGGACAAAGCAUCGCCAACGAAAUUACUCAUGGCGAUUGUGAUCCGUUUGCAAAAAGUCCUCUUUCAGGACCAAUACCAUGUUCAGGCAGUGUUUCUCUGCGAUCAAGUAGUAGCACUACCAGCUCUCAUUCGUUUGCUUUCCCCCAUAUUGCCAUCUGAAUGGAGUGGCAGUCCAGUAAGAAUGGCAGAAGCUGACCCGAGACGGCCAAGGAAGCACCAGAGUUGGAGAACCUGUUUUCUCUGCUGUAUGUGAACCUCCCCUUGCUCCUUUUGCACAACAGUAACUGUAAUUCCUCUUAUUUGAUUCGAUUUUCAUGUGUAUACU